AACAAAAGUCAAAAACCUUUUGAACGUAACCGCCGCAUUGACCCACUUUGAAUGCUCCUCCGUCUCUCGGCUCGCUCUGUCCGUCGUUACACUUCUUCUCACUCCUCUCUCUCACUCUCCGCGUCGUCGUUUUGCACUCUCCCAACAAUGUCAACCAACCACCCAAAGAACGAGUCCUAUCUCUCCGCCGUCAUCCCCAAGCACAUCAAGCUCUUCGAGCAGAUCCAAUCCCACCAGCUCGAGAAGCUCAAGUCUCUCCCCCACGACCCAAUCAAGAUCACGUUACCUGAUGGGACCGUGAAAGAAGGGAGGAAGUGGGAGACUACUCCGAUGGACAUCGCCGGGGAGAUUUCGAAGGGGCUGGCUAACUCUGCGUUGAUUUCAUCGGUUAAUGAUGAGCUUUGGGAUAUGAGUAGGGUGUUGGAAGGUGAUUGUAAGCUUGAGUUGUUUAAGUUUGAUAGUGACAAGGGACGGGAUACUCUUUGGCAUUCUAGUGCUCACGUUCUUGGUCAGGCUCUUGAGCAGGAGUAUGGGUGUCAGCUGUGUAUAGGACCGUGUACAACGAGAGGAGAGGGUUUCUACUAUGAUGCAUUUUAUGGUGACUUGGGGCUGAAUGAUAAUCACUUCCCUAAUAUCGAAGCUGGUGCUGCAAAAGCUGCUAAGGAAGCGCAACCAUUUGAAAGGAUUGAAGUGACGAAAGAUCAGGCGAUUGAGAUGUUUUCUGAUAACAACUUUAAGGUUGAAAUCAUCAAUGAUUUACCUGCCGACAAGACCAUUACUGUCUAUAGAUGUGGUCCUCUUGUUGAUUUGUGCCGUGGACCGCACAUUCCAAACACUUCUUUUGUGAAAGCAUUCAAGUGUUUGAGGGCCUCAUCAGCUUACUGGAGGGGUAGCAAAGACCGUGAGAGCUUGCAGAGGGUUUAUGGGAUAUCUUAUCCAGAUCAGAAACAGUUGAAGAAAUAUCUUCAGUUUCUUGAAGAAACCAAAAAGUAUGACCACAGACUAUUGGGCCAAAAGCAGGAAAUUUUUUUCUGUCACCCACUCAGCCCUGGGAGUUGGUUCUUCCUUCCACUCGGCACUCGCGUUUAUAACAAGUUGAUGGAAUUCAUUAAGGAGCAAUAUUGGAAAAGGGGUUACACAGAGGUUAUAACACCAAAUAUGUACAACAUGAAUCUGUGGGAAACUUCUGGACAUGCUGCAAAUUACAAGGAGAAUAUGUUUACUUUUGAUAUCGAGAAGCAGGAGUUCGGGCUCAAACCUAUGAAUUGCCCUGGUCACUGCUUGAUGUUUCAACACAGGGUUCGGUCAUACAGAGAGUUACCUAUUAGACUGGCUGACUUUGGAGUGUUACACCGCAAUGAGGCAAGUGGAGCACUUAGUGGGCUGACUCGUGUCCGACGGUUCCAGCAGGAUGAUGCACACAUAUUCUGUACAGAGGAUCAGGUCACAGAUGAAGUGAAGGCUGUGUUGGAGUUCAUCGACUAUGCUUACAAAAUCUUUGGCUUUACCUAUGAGCUAAAGCUUUCAACGAGGCCAGAAAAGUACCUCGGAGAUUUGGCAACAUGGGAUAAAGCUGAAAAUGAUCUCAAAAUAGCCCUAGACGCUUUUGGAAAGACAUGGGUGUUGAACGAAGGAGAUGGUGCGUUCUAUGGCCCAAAGAUAGACAUCACAGUUUCUGAUGCGAUGAACAGAAAAUUCCAGUGUGCAACUUUACAGCUUGAUUUUCAACUUCCUGAUCGCUUCAAGCUGGAAUACUCUGCUGACGACGAAGCAAAGAGGCAGAGACCUGUGAUGAUUCAUAGAGCCGUGUUGGGAUCUGUGGAGCGUAUGUUUGCCAUAUUGUUGGAGCAUUACAAAGGGAAAUGGCCCUUCUGGCUUAGUCCACGCCAGGCCAUAGUUUGCCCUAUAUCAAAGAAAUCUGAGGAAUAUGCAUUACAGGUGAAGAAACAAAUCCAUGAAGCUGGGUACUAUGUUGAUGCGGACAUAACAGACAGAAAGAUUGAUAAAAAGGUGCGAGAAGCUCAGCUUGCUCAGUACAACUACAUACUUGUGGUUGGUGAAACCGAAGCUGCUACAGGACAGGUGAGUGUUCGGAUAAGAGACAGUGCAGCCCACUCGGUUAAGAGCAUCGAGAAUUUGCUGGAAGAAUUCAAGACCAAGACUGCUGAAUAUCAAUGAGAUCAGCAGACUCUUGCAAGUUCAAGUUUGAUUUUGUUCCCCAUAUUGAAGUGUUUAUUACUUAUCUCUGUCAUUAGACCAGAUUUAAAGUUUUGUAAACUUCUGAUCUCCUCCAGCGAUUUUGUUUCUCAGUCUAUUGAACCUAAACAACAGCAAAUUGAUCAAUGUAAUAAGAUGUUGAUCUAGUCAGAGAUGACAUUGCUUGUAUCUAGGGUAGAAGAUGAAUGUUGUUGAGAGCUACCAAAUACUUGUUGGCCAAGUCAUAAGAGUAACAAAUAAUGGGAGGGGGCACUUGUGUACAUUUAAAAAUAAAUUGACGAUUUUACAAUAAUUGGGAUAAAUAUGGGGCAAAAUUUCGAAAAACCAAACCAAACCAAUUGUUCUGACACAAAGACAGGACCUAGGUCUGCUUUUUUUCAAGUGAAAAAAGGAAAUAACAUUAAAAUCUGUGACAAUCUCACGUGCUUUCUCCUUCUCUCUCUCUCUCCUCUGUAAUUGAAGUUUUGGAUUCCACAUCCACGCGCCUUUUCCCCUCUCUCUCUCAUUCACUUUCUAGAUUAAUCAAAUCUUUGUCUUUGAAAACCAGUUUGCAGUUUCACUUCUCCCUUUCUCCAGAUCCGUUCCCCAGGAAACUCU